CGGCAAACGCGACUCCACCCGCCGCGGGGAGAGGCGGAGAGCGAGGAGGAGGAGGCGGAGGCAGGAUGUGCCCCCCCGCCCCAGCUCCAUGGGGCCAGCCCCGUGCUUUCGGCUCCCCGGCUGGGCUGGGCUGACCCGGGCUCGGUCCGCCCUCCCGGGCUUCAGCGCAGUACGAUGGGAUCCCGGGUGUCCGUGGACGAUUCCGUGCGGGUGGUUGUGGUCGGGGGGGGCUUCGGAGGCACGGCGGCCGCCAGCUUGCUCAAGUCGUGGGCCAUCCCCUUCGUGCUGGUGGACGUGAGAGAUGCUUUUCAUCACAACGUCGCUGCCCUCCGUGCCGCCGUGGAGAGUGGAUUUGCCAAGAAGACUUUCAUCUCCUACUCUGUCACCUUUGGGGACAGCUUCCGACAAGGCAAGGUUGUUGGCAUAGACCCUGAGAGACAACAAGUCUUGCUCAGUGAUGGCGAGGAACUUCACUACUCCCAUCUCAUUCUUGCAACAGGCAGUGAUGGGCCAUUCCCUGGGAAGUUCAACAAAGUCAUUGACAUGGAAAGUGCCAUCCAGACCUAUGAAGAUAUGGUUAAAGAGAUUGAGAAAUCUGAGCGCAUCCUGGUAGUGGGAGGUGGUGCUGCUGGAGUCGAGAUGGCUGCAGAGAUCAAAACAGAGUACCCAGCCAAAGAGGUCACCCUCGUUCACUCAAAAAUUGCACUAGCUGAUCCAGAGCUGCUAGAUAGCGUCCGUCAGGAGGUGAAAGAGAUUCUCCUCAGAAAAGGAGUGCGCCUCUUAUUAAGUGAAAGGGUCAGCAAUGUGGAAAACCUCACACCAAACCAGUUCCAGAAGGACAUGGUAGUAAGGACAGAAAAGGGCACAGAGGUGGUUGCUGACAUGGUGGUCCUGUGCACAGGGAUAAAGAUUAACUCUUCAGCAUAUGCUGCUGCAUUUGGGGACAAAAUGGCAAGUAACAGUGCUUUGAAAGUUAACAAGCACCUCCAGCUGGAAGGCUAUGAGAACAUCUAUGCCAUUGGGGACUGUGCAGAUCUGAAAGAACCGAAGAUGGCCUACCACGCUGGGCUCCAUGCCAACAUUGUGGUGACAAAUAUCAUCAACAGCCUGACACAUAAGCCUCUUAAAACCUAUGAACCAGGGUCACUAACAUUCCUGCUUUCAAUGGGCAGGAAUGAUGGUGUAGGCCAGGUGAACGGUUACUAUGUGGGACGUCUUUUGGUGACCAUCGCUAAGAGCCGGGACCUGUUUGUCUCCAAGAGCUGGAAGACAAUGGGACAGACAAUGCCCUCUUAAGAGGGGAUCAGUAAAAAAACAGCAGGGAACACAGCAACUGGAAGAGGGAGAAGGUGCACUUUUAUUGCUUGGACAGACUGAUACUGUCUCCUGCAGCACCUCCUAAAGCCACCUGUCAGCAUGCUGCAUUAAAGGGGUGCCCUGCCUUGCUGUCAAGGGGAAGGAGACACUUUCCAAAUGAAGUGCACAGUUCUCAUGAUUAAAAAAACAGGGAAGGAAUGUUUCCUUUACUUCCCUGUUGAGAUAGCUCUGAGCAAGAAACCUGGUUUACCUUGAUUUGUAACAAUAAACACUGUGGUUUUCAAAA